AUGGCGGCUGCCGACCUCACCGCUCCCUUCCUCCGCCACGACACGUAUGGCGUGCUUGGCAUGGGACCGCUCUCAGUGGGAGAAAAGAUACGGCUAGGUUUGCUGGCAGUGCUGGUGAUGCCCAUCAAGUUGAUAGGAGCCUUGGGCAGCGUGCUGACCUUCUGGCUUUGCUGCCGGUUGUGCGCCCUGCUGCCCGCGAGGGUGGGCACCAACGCAAUUGCACAGCUCGGCUUGGUGGCCUGCCGCGUCUGCCUGUGGUGGCUGGGCUUCUGGCGCGUGACCUGGAUCAAAGUGGGGCAGCAGGGCGACGUCGGCAGCGGCGGCAAGGGCAGCGACAGCACCAGCAAGGCACCGCCCGUGGGCAUCGUCAGCAACCACAUGAGCUAUUGCGACAUCCUGCUGCACAUGAGCCACUCCUUCCCCUCCUUUGUGGCGCGGGCGCAGACGCGGAACCAGCCCAUCAUCGGCAUCAUCAGCCAGCUGAUGGGCUGCCUGUACGUCGACCGCGACGCCUCUGCCAAGGGCGACCCCGACAAGCCGCGCGUGUCGGACCUGGUGCGGCAGCGCAUGCAGGAGAUGGCGGCGGGGCGCCUGCCGCACGCCCGCCCGCUGCUGCUGUUCCCCGAGGGCACCACCACCAACGGCCGCUACCUGCUGCCCUUCAAGACGGGAGCCUUCCUGGCGGGGGAGGCGCUGCAGCCGGUGGUCAUCCGGUAUGAGGAGGGCCGGUUUUCGCCCUGCUGGGAGAUGAUACCUGCGGCCCGCCACCUGUUCCUCAUGCUCUGCAACCCGCUGCACUCGGUCACCUGCUUUGAGCUGCCGGUGUACCACCCGUCAGAGGCGGAGCGCGAGGACCCCAAGCUCUACGCCCACAACGUCCGCAAGCAGAUGAUGGACUUUGCGGGGUUGCAGCCCACGCAGGCAACGUACGCCUUCAAGAUGGAGUACAUGAAGCGGCUCAAGGCGGAGCAUGGCUUGGCAUGA